CUUCCACAACCAGCCAACUGACGAACGAACGAACGAAUUUCCACUCCUUUGCAAAGUUCAAUUCAAUCGAUCCUUUGCGCCAUUAAUUCUUCUUCUCCACCCUCUUCCUCGGAAUCUCCACACAAUGUCCUCACCACGCCCCUCCUCCCCCGUCAACAGCCCAGCCGGCGCCCUCGGCUCCAGCACCGGACGCCCUUCAUCCCCUACUCCUCCUGGCGGACCCAAGACUGCGAUCCGGCGUCGUGCGGCGGCCGAUCAGAAGGAUAAGGUUGCUAAUGCGCGGCCGAGCUCUACGCGGGCGGCUGGUGCGGGGGGGAGUAGUAGUACGAUGUUGAAGCUCUACACCGAUGAAUCCCCGGGACUGAAGGUCGAUCCUGUUGUUGUGCUUGUGUUGUCCUUGGUGUUCAUCUUUAGUGUUGUGGCUUUACAUAUCAUCGCGAAAGUUACACGUAAAUUCUCGAGCUAAGCGGAACACGAGAAGGGGGAGG